ACAGAAUGAGGUGAGGAGGAAAAUACUUGAAUAAUCUCACGAGAAAUUAGGAGAUAGUGAUUAUUGUUUACAUUGCAAAAACAUGAGAACCAAACCGAAUCGAUCCGAAUUCAAAUUAAAUGAUAGCAUUGGAACCGCCAUAACAUUUUUUGCAUAGGAUGAGGAACGCGCCAGGUAUCGAACUUUAUUUUGAUCGACAUUAAAUUCGGGACUGAAAUCAUCUCGCACAAGAGAAAGUGCCUCGCUUGAAGAAUUAAUUUACAGCAGAUAAAAAAAAAAACACGCCGGGGCCAGAGGGUGGCCAUUCUUUUGUACAAGAUACCCGCUAUAUGGAUGUUGUGGUUCUCGAAGAAAGGAAUGUGAUUGUGUGGGGAUCCCCGCGUACGGAGUGCUGAAAGGCGGGUUUGGGAUACCCCCAGGUUUUCGAGGCCUCAAAGGGAAACCUCCGCUGUCUGCCGUGAAGCCCUGCUGCUUACCCGCGUCUUGAUUUUGUAGAGUCAGUACGCGAGGGACGUGGUGGUGUAUGAGGCCUGGCUUGGGAGUGUCUGCCUAGCACUGGGGAGAGACAACGGGGAUAUUUGUGGGCAGUAAUUGGCUCUUCGGAGGACUACAGGCAAUAUUUAUAAGACCAUGAUGGAAGAACUGCAUAGCCUGGACCCCCGGCGGCAGGAGCUGCUGGAGGCGCGAUUUACUGGCGUUGGUGUAGCUAAGGGUUCUGGACAAAAUGAGUCAUCGAAUCAGAGUCUGUGCAGUGUGGGCUCUCUCAGUGAUAGAGAGCUGGAGACUCCAGAAAAGAAAGUGAACGAUCAGAGGUCAAGAAAACGGAAAGCAGACCCUUUCGACGGCACACAAGGCAAAGCAGGCGCAAGGGGACACAAGAUUAGUGACUACUUUGAGUUUGCGGGAGGCAGUGGCCCUGGUACCAGUCCUGCCAGGGGGGUUCCCCCAGUGGCUCGCUCUUCCCCCCAGCAUUCCCACUCCAACCCCCCUGUCACGGUGCAGCAAGGAAGUCCCUCAUCUAUUGGUUCAGCUAACACUGAGCAAUUAACGUGUUCUCUGAAAUCUGUCACUCUGCAGUUGUUUCACAAAGCCACACAGUCCGACCUUACGAUAGAGAAGCUAACUGCAAUGGAGAACAACAAGAACUCUGACCUUGAAAAGAAAGAGGGAAGAAUUGAUGAUCUGUUGCGGGCGAACUGUGACCUACGGCGGCAGAUAGACGAGCAGCAGCGCAUGCUGGAGCGAUACAAGGAGCGUCUCAACAAGUGUGUGACUAUGUCCAAGAAGCUGCUGAUUGAGAAGUCAAAGCAAGAGAAAAUGGCCUGCCGAGACAAGAGCAUGCAGGACCGGCUUCGGCUGGGCCACUUCACCACCGUCCGACAUGGGGCCUCCUUCACAGAGCAGUGGACGGACGGAUACGCCUUCCAGAACCUCAUCAAGCAGCAGGAGAGGAUCAACUCUCAGCGAGAGGACAUCGAGAGGCAGCGGAAGCUCCUGGCCAAGCGCAAGCCGCCCUCUAUGGCCCAGACUCCCCCCCUGAGCCUGGAGCCCAACAAACGCAAGAGCAAGGCCAACGGGGCAGAGAGCGAAGCGUUAUCCCAGGCAGAGUACCACGAACAGGAGGAGAUCUUUAAACUGAGAUUAGGGCAUCUUAAAAAGGAGGAGGCUGAGAUCCAGGCAGAGCUGGAGAGGCUGGAACGUGUCCGGAACCUGCACAUUAGGGAGCUAAAGAGAAUCCACAACGAAGACAACUCUCAAUUCAAAGAUCAUCCGACCCUCAACGACCGCUACCUGCUGCUCCACCUUCUCGGGCGAGGUGGCUUCAGUGAAGUUUAUAAGGCAUUUGACCUGACAGAACAGCGGUACGUCGCGGUCAAAAUCCACCAGCUGAACAAGAACUGGAGGGACGAGAAGAAGGAGAACUAUCACAAACAUGCGUGCCGGGAGUAUAGAAUUCACAAAGAGCUUGAUCACCCGCGGAUAGUCCGCCUCUACGACUACUUUUCACUUGACACCGACUCGUUCUGCACGGUUCUGGAGUACUGUGAGGGGAACGACCUUGACUUCUAUCUGAAGCAGCACAAGCUCAUGUCGGAGAAGGAGGGCCGCUCCAUCAUAAUGCAGAUUGUCAACGCCCUCAAGUAUCUUAACGAGAUCCGACCGCCCAUCAUCCACUAUGACCUCAAACCAGGUAACAUCCUUCUGGUGAACGGAACGGCCUGUGGAGAGAUCAAAAUCACAGACUUCGGCCUGUCCAAGAUCAUGGAUGAUGACAGUUACAACUCUGUGGACGGCAUGGAGCUGACGUCCCAAGGAGCAGGCACAUACUGGUACCUGCCCCCAGAGUGCUUUGUGGUUGGCAAGGAGCCUCCUAAAAUAUCCAGCAAGGUGGAUGUGUGGUCAGUGGGAGUCAUAUUCUACCAGUGCUUGUAUGGUCGCAAGCCUUUCGGUCACAACCAGUCCCAGCAGGACAUCCUGCAGGAAAACACAAUACUGAAGGCAACCGAGGUGCAAUUCCCCCCAAAGCCAGUAGUCACACCUGAAGCAAAGGCCUUUAUAAAGCGCUGCCUGGUCUACCGCAAAGAGGACCGCAUCGACGUGCACCAGCUGGCCAGUGACCCCUUUCUCAUGCCCCAUAUCCGCAAGUCGGUGGCCUCCUCGGGAGGCUCGGGCACCGCCAUGGCGUCCACCUCCAGCUCCUCCAACAGCAGUGCUUCAAACUGAGCCCCCAUCUCCAUGACGUACUGACCUGAGCCGUGGUGGCGGUGGGGCCGAGAGUGAGAGGGAGGUGGAAGUAUCAGCCUCGUCAUCCCCUCCUCAGCGGUGUCCCACUUUGCCAUGUUGCGAUGAAGAGAAACGGCCCCGUUACUGGCAAAGGGGAGGGUCACGUGAUGCGGGGGUCACGGAUUGCGCUAGGGGUUGGCCUCUCCAACCCGCAACGCCUCUAUCCCAUGUGUCCGACCAACCCAUCCCCCCUACACCCUCUCUCCCACCCAACAGAUCAGGGUGGAGUUGGUCUGGGGGUCAAAGCCCUAGACUACCCGGCAGAGCAGGGGGGGGGACCGGGCGUGAUGGCACGUUUGGUGAGAAGUUAGGGGUUCUGCUUUUGAGAUUUUAUAUUGUUAUGCUAAUUAUUUCCGGAGGAGCCUGAGAGCGAAAGAAAAUACUUUUUAGAAAUGCCUCAGCUUGAAAGAAGUUGACAAAGCCCUCCAAUCUACAUGUAAAGAGACAAACAGGCAAACCUAAUACACACGCGUAUGCAUGAACUGCUCUGGACCCAGGUCCAUUUGAGCCCCCCAUUUAUUUAUUUAUUUCAGUUUCCCAAAAAAUUAUUUGCUUCCUACACCCCUGAACCCAACCGGGAGUGCCAGUCUAUAUGCCUGUAAGUGUACAGAACCUAAAGCCUGGUCCUUGUUUUAAUUCCAGAACCAGACUGCUUGUUAAGUGGGCCGGCAAAGAAGCUACACUUCUCCACCCAUCCACCCCUUUCGCCCACACACCCCGCUCUCAAGUGUCCUCUCAAAACUCCUGUGACCAAAGCUUGCAACUUCCAGUUGGUGGCAGUGUUCCACUGGAUCUUGAAUGGUUUAAGAGUUCAUGUUGCUUGAUAUCAAGCGGAAGAUGUUGAAUCAUCCUUUUUUUUUUCGUUUCUUUUUUAUUAUUUUAAAUCUUCGAUUUUACCAGUUUCAUGGACCCCAUUUUUUUUUCAAGUUGCCUUCAAUGAGAGCUGUUUUAAUUGGUCUCUGUUCCAUAAACACACUUAUUUAUUUAGUUAUGUUUUAUUUUUCGCCAUUAAAAUGCAAGGGACUGGUUUACCUUAUAAUAGUACUGUUUGGCGGGGGAGAGAUUGGGCCUUAGCAAAGAAUUGCAUCAACCAUUAAAUCCUAUUGGUUAAAAUUUG